UAUCGGUCCUCUCAUUUAUUAUGAUUGCUGCUUUAAUAUCAUGGCAUUGUUGCAGAACAAGAGCUAAUCGAGCAAAAAUGUAUUGUUUAGAUUCUAUGCAACAAGUAGAAAAGUGUAAAAUUUCAAAAGCAUCUGCUCCAUCGAAAAGAGAUUCGGUUGUAUUUCUUAGUCUAAAACCUAGUCAGUUAUAUGAAACAUGUGUAGUUAAAUCGAAGCCAUAUUUAUAUGAAGAUAUGUCAUUAUCAUCAAUAAAAGCACAACAAAAUUCUGCAAAUAUUACAUUUAACAGUAAAACGUUUGAGAAAAGCAACUCUGAUCUAAAAAAAGAUGAACAAAUAAAUAAUCACCUAACUGAAAAAAUAGGUACCGUUUCAGAUGGAUUAGUAAAUGUUACUAAUCUAAUGCUGUGGAGCUAUAACAGUUUGAAAGAUUCUUCUACGAGCUCCUUAAGAAAAUCUCUCAGCCACUGUGUAUCAUGUAAUGAUCUAAAUCUAUCAUCAUCAAGUAACCAAAGUGUGGCAGAAGAAAAUUAUGUAAAGAAAUCUCAAAGCCUUCCACUUUGGGGUCUGCAAUCGAGACCUGCUUCUACUGGUGAUGAAAUGGAAGAACUGUUUUCUAAGUUGAAUUUUACAAAGAAAAGAAGAAAUAGAAUGCGAAAUGAUAGUGCAGCCGCAAUUGCUCUGAAUAAAAGUAGGAGCAGUUUAUUUCAGAUAGAUGACAAGGAUCUUUUAGUAGACAAUGAAGUAGUGGUUGUAUAUGAUGAACGUACAGCUUUGUGAUCAGCAGUGCCUUCUUAUUUAUAUUAAAGCUUGGCACUUAAUAAUAUCAAUAAAGGUCCACAAUAACUUACUUAAUAAUUGUGCAUGUUUUUUGAUACAAUUGUGUUAAAAAUAUAUAUUUUUAGAAAAUCCUGUUUGCAAAGAGAUAUUUUUUUGCAAUUUGAACAAAAUAUAAUUGGUCUUGCUAAACAUUCCACUAUCUUUUUGUAUAUAAAUUAUUAUUUUAUUUAAAGUGUAAGUGUUCAUAACUUACUUUUAAGAUAUAACAUAGCAUAAAAUUAAUAUAUUCAUAA